AUGUCCCAGCUGCUGUGCAUCUUCCUCUACUCUCUGUGUGCUUUGAUUUCUGGGUAUUCAGAAGAAAACAGAGUGCGGGAUCUUAUGUCCAAAUAUCCCCUUAUUGAUGGUCACAAUGAUCUUGCUCUUCAGCUGAGAAAGCUCUAUGAUAACCAUAUGAGUCAAAUUGACCUCUAUAACGUAAGCACAAUUGCCACUGACAUCAAUCGUCUACUGGCUGGUCAUGUCCAAGCACAGAUGUUUUCCGUGUAUGUGAUGUGUGGGGCUCAGGAGAAGGAUGCUGUGAGGCUGACCCUGGAGCAAAUAGAUGUGCUCAGGCGCAUGUGCUCAAUGUACAAAGACUUUGAGCUGGUCACGUCGACCCAGGAACUUAGGGACUCUUUCCUGAAGCACAAGAUCGCCUGUAUGCUGAGUGUGGAGGGGGGUCACUCCAUCGACAGCAGCCUGCCAGCCCUGCGCAUGUUCUACCAGCUCGGAGUUCGCUCCAUGGCUCUGACACACACAUGCAACACACCAUGGGCAGAAUCCUCCUCAAAGAUUUACAGGUUUUAUCAAAGACAGAAUAAUAGUUUGACAUCAUUUGGAAAGGCAGUGGUGAAGGAGAUGAACCGACUGGGCAUGAUCAUAGACCUCUCUCACAGCUCAUGGGCAACAGCUACAGCAGUCUUACAUCUGUCAAAGGCACCUGUCAUCUUCAGCCACUCAUCUGCAUAUGCUGUAUGUGAGAAUGACCGCAAUGUACCGGACUGGCUGUUGAGACACUUGAAAAAGAACCAGGGUUUGAUCAUGGUCAAUCUUCAUUCUAAUUUCAUUUCCUGUAAGAAUGAAGCAAACAUUUCUCUUGUGGCUGAUCAUUUUGAUCAUAUUAAGAAAGUUAUUGGUGCAGAGUCAAUAGGAAUUGGAAGUGAUUUUGAGGGUGCUGUAAGCUUCCCUGAGGGAUUGGAUGAUGUUUCUAAAUAUCCCGCGCUGAUCCAGGAAUUACUGCAACGGAACUGGACGGAGCAGGAAAUGGCAGAUGUUCUUCGACGAAACUUUCUGAGAGUUUUUGAUGCAGUGGAAAAGAUACGUGACGAGUUGGUACUGGAGCCUCCCAGUGAGGCACAGAUCAGCAUGGAGGAAGUUCAGAACCCCUGCAGGCUGGUGCUCAGACCCCCCAGCCCCGGCUUUCCCUCUGACCGAGUGUCACACUCUUCUUCUGCCCUACACAGAGCCACAGCUCUGCUCAUUUCAUGUGCACUCCUACUGCCUUCUACUCUCAAUUUCCUGUAA